UCACAAUGGCCGUCAAACAGAAAAUGACACUUCGUGUUUAACAAAAAUAAUUCAUUUAUAGUGAAAAUAAAAUGUCACUGUACGACGAUUUUGAUAAACAUCGUGCAUCAGAAAAAGUAGCCGGCUGGUCAUCGGGUAUAAAAUUACUACAAUCGCAAUUACAAUUAAAAAAAGCGGCGACAACACAGCCAAAAAGAGAACAAUAUAGAAAAGCAAGUGCAGUAUUAGCGCCUGUUAUUGAUUUAAAAUCAAAAUCAAGAGAAACAGAACGCGAUGAUGAACAAGUAAUAUCGAGUCCUCUUGUUAGUGGAGGCGGUAAUAAUAUUGGUAUUGCGAGUGAAUUUGAUUGGAAUGUUGUUAAUGAAUAUGAUCCCAUGUGGCCUAAUGAAUAUGAAAAAGUUGUUAAAGAAUUACGUGACAUUAGAGACAGGGAACAUGAUCAGGAGAGUGAAUUACGAAAACGUAGACGAGAUAGUACACGAUUUGAGGAUGUUCAGCAACAGCUUCCAGUGGGAAAUACAAUGAUUCCUCCCGAGAGAGAUGAGGAGAGAACGCCAACAUCGAGAGCAAUGCAGGGCGGUGCUGCAAUUGCGCCUCCUCCAUCGUUACAAGAGCACACUGAUGCUCCGCCAUUAUUUUCAAAACAAAACAAUAAUCUUGGUAUUAAUUCAAGUUCAAUUGCAGCGAAAAUAAUGGCAAAAUAUGGUUUUAAAGAGGGUCAGGGUCUUGGUAAAAAAGAACAGGGAAUGUCAGUUGCGUUACAAGUUGAAAAAACAAGUAAACGAGGCGGUAGAAUUGUCAGUGAACGUGAACAAUUAAUGCCACCUCCGCCACCAGUUCCAAUUUCACCACCUCCAAUGCAACAACAACAACAACAAAUGCCACCACCUGAGGAGCCAAGUAUUACGGAAAUAAUGAAAUCACCAAGCAAGGUGGUGCUCUUGAGAAAUAUGGUGGGACCAGGUGAAGUUGACGAGGACCUAGAACCAGAAGUAAAAGACGAAUGCAAUACAAAAUACGGUGAUGUGGCGCGAGUAAUAAUUCAUGAAGUUCGCGAAGCACCAGCCGAGGAGGCUGUAAGAAUAUUCGUUGAAUUCAAAAGGAUAGAGAGUGCAAUUAAAGCGGUGGUUGAUUUAAAUGGACGAUUUUUUGGUGGAAGAAACGUAAAAGCUGGUUUUUAUUCCAGUGAAAAAUUAGACAAUCUUCAAUUGCUUGACUAAAAAAAAAAAAGAAAAAUUCGUCGGUUUUUUAAAAUUAAGGUAUUGUAUUUUUAAAAUAAAUCUUAAAAAUUCAUAAAA